CUGGACUCCAGUCUUGGGCUGUUCCGAUCGACUUCAGCGGCCAAGAGCGGUACAGUGAUCGGGGAGCCAAUCUGUAGACAGUCUCCCAGUUUCGGGUUUUAUUUGUUUCGAUAACAAGGGAGCUUGAUAAACCAACAAGAUGGCCUCCUACGAUGUCAAUGAUCCGGACAUGAAGUACCUUGCGGUAGACCGCAAGAAAAUGCUGAAAGAACAGACGAAGCCAUUUGAUGCCAAAACAGCUUGCUGGGUACCCGAUGAGGAGGAUGGCUUCGUUGUCGGAGAGAUCAAAGGCGAGUCUGGUGAACAAGUCACAGUCGUUGUCGUGGAAACCAACGAGACAAAAACCGUGAAGAAGGAUGACAUCCAGUCGAUGAACCCUCCCAAGUUCGAGAAGCUCGAGGACAUUGCUAACUUGACAUACCUGAACGAGGCCAGCGUCUUGUACAAUCUGAAAGCCAGAUACACUUCUGGAUUGAUCUAUACAUACUCAGGUCUGUUCUGUAUCGCCAUCAAUCCCUACCGCCGUCUCCCCAUCUACGUCCCGUCCGUCGUUGACAAGUACAGAGGCAAGAGGAAGACCGAGAUGCCUCCUCACUUGUUCUCCAUCUCUGACAACGCCUACCAGUUCAUGGUGCAAGAUCGUGAGAACCAGUCUAUGUUGAUCACUGGCGAGUCUGGAGCCGGAAAGACUGAGAACACCAAAAAGGUCAUCUCUUACUUUGCAUUCGUUGCUGCCGCAGGAGAUAAGAAAGAAGAGAGUGAGGAAAAGAAAGGUUCCCUGGAGGAUCAGAUCGUGCAGGCUAACCCUGUCCUUGAGGCCUACGGUAACGCCAAGACGUCCCGUAACAACAACUCCUCCAGAUUCGGUAAAUUUGUGCGUAUUCAUUUCGGCAGUUCAGGAAAAAUCGCCGGAGCUGAUAUUGAAACAUAUUUGCUUGAGAAGUCUCGGGUAACCCAACAGCAGUCGGUAGAGAGGAACUACCACAUCUUCUACCAGAUGUUGUCUGGCGCCGUUCCGGAUGUAAUUGAGAAAAUUGUGGCUCAAGCAGACCCUGGUCUUUACUCCUUCAUCAACCAGGGUGUAUUGACCGUGAAUGGCAUUGACGACGUAGAGGAAAUGAACACCACCCACAGUGCCUUUGAUGUUUUGGGUUUCACCCCGGAUGAAAAAGUUAGUUGUUACAAGUGCACUGGUUCCAUUCUGCAUUUGGGUGAGAUGAAGUUUAAGCAGAAGGGCGAACAGGCUGAGCCUGAUGGAACUGCUGAGGCGGAGAAGGUUUCCUUCCUGUUGGGUGUCAACUGUGGUGACUUCCUGAAGGCUCUGUGUAAACCCAAGAUCAAGGUGGCCAUGGAUUACGUCACCCAAGGACGUACCAAAAAUCAAGUUCUGUACUCGGUCAAUGCCAUGGCUAAAUCUCUCUUCGAUCGCGUUUUCAACUGGCUUGUGAGGAGGGUCAACCAUUCUCUGGACACCAAGAAACCAAGAAACUAUUUUAUCGGCGUACUGGACAUUGCUGGAUUCGAGAUCUUUGAUUUCAACAGCUUUGAACAGCUGUGUAUCAACUACACGAACGAGCGUCUGCAGCAGUUCUUCAACCACCACAUGUUUGUGCUGGAGCAGGAAGAAUACAAGAAGGAAGGCAUUGUCUGGCAGUUCAUUGACUUCGGCAUGGACUUGCAGGCCUGCAUAGAACUUAUUGAAAAGCCCCUGGGUAUCCUGUCAAUUUUGGAAGAAGAAUGCAUGUUUCCUAAGGCCAGUGACAAAACCUUUAAGGAUAAACUGACGGAGAACCAUAUGGGCAAAUCUCCCAACUUCCUCAAGCCUGGAAAAUCUAUGAAGGGAGGUCAACACGGUGACUUCGCCCUGAAGCACUACGCUGGAACAGUUCCCUACAACAUUGGAGGCUGGCUCGAGAAGAACAAGGAUCCUAUCAACGAAACCUUGGUGAAUUUGCUUAAAGAAUCCAAGGAACCGCUGGUGACUCUUCUCUUCCAGCCUCCAGCUGAGGAUGCAUCUGCUGGCGGUGGUAAGAAGAAGAAGAAGAGUUCUGCAUUCCAGACUAUCUCUGCAGUUCACAGGGAGUCUCUGAACAAGCUGAUGAAGAACUUGUACACUACUCACCCUCACUUCGUGCGUUGCAUCAUUCCCAACGAGACAAAAAGUCCAGGUGUGAUUGACGCUGCCCUUGUGCUCCACCAGCUCCAGUGUAACGGUGUACUUGAGGGUAUCCGUAUCUGCAGGAAGGGAUUCCCUAGCAGAGUCGUGUACUCUGAGUUCAAACAGAGAUAUUCUAUAUUGGCUCCAAACGCUAUCCCAGAAGGCUUCGUUGAAGGCAAGAUUGUUGCUGGCAAGAUUCUGGACGCCCUGGAACUGAGCAAGGACGAGUACCGUCUGGGUAACACCAAAGUUUUCUUCAAAGCUGGAAUUCUGGGUUACCUUGAGGAACUCCGUGACGAUCGUCUCAGCACAAUUUGCUGUUUGUUCCAGGCUCACAUACGUGGGUACUUGAAGCGCAAGUUCAUGAAGAAUUUGGAUGAUAAGAGAACUGCAUUGGAGUUGAUCCAGAAGAACAUCCGUAAGUGGCUAGCCAUGAGGAACUGGCUCUGGUGGAGAUUCUACACCAAGGUCAAGCCACUUCUCAGUAUUCAAGCCGCUGAGGAUGAAAUGAAACUAAAGGAAGAAGAACUAGCAAAGACAAAGGAAGAACUUACAAAGGUUAAUCAGAGGUGCAAGGAACUUGAGGAGCAGAGUGUUGAUUUGAUGGAGUCCAAGAACAAAAUGUUCCUGGAGGUGCAGACCCAACAGGAUACCAUUGAUGACUGUGAGGAGAGAAUCGAGCAGCUUUUGAAAGGCAAAGAAGAUUUUAAGAAUCAAGUGAAAGAGCUUGAAGAUCGCCUUCUUGAUGAAGAAGAUGCCAAUGCUGAUGCUGUAGAAAAUCGUAAAAAAAUGGAGUCAGAGAAAGACGCUUUGAAGAAAAAUGUCGAGAACUUGGAGGGGAGCCUGAAAAAGGCUGAAGAUGAUAAGCAGGCCAAGGACAAACAGAUUCUUGGUCUGCAGGAUGAGCUGGCAAAUGCUGAUGAUGCUAUAGCCAAGCUGUCUAAACAGAAAAAGGAUGGCGAGGAAACCCUGAAGAAGAACCAAAGCGAUCUCCAGGCGGAGGAGGACAAAGUCAAUCACCUCAGCAAACUAAAGAGCAAGUUAGAACAAACUCUUGAUGAGCUGGAGGACAACCUAGAGCGUGAGAAGAAGGUGCGCGGCGAUGUUGACAAGGCCAAGAGGAAGGUCGAGCAGGACCUCAAGGCAACUCAGGAGGUUGUGGAGGACCUGGAACGUGUCAAGAGAGAACAGGAAGAUUCACUGAGAAGGAAAGACGUUGAAAUCUCAGGUCUUAACACCAAACUCGAAGAUGAACAAAGCAUGGUUGCACAGCAACAGAGGAAAAUCAAGGAAUUCCAAAGUCGCGUGGAGGAGCUGGAGGAGGAAUUGGAGAGUGAGAGGAUGAUGAGAGGAAAGGUCGAUAAGCAGCGAACAGAGCUGGCACGUGAGCUGGAUGACCUGUCCAUGCGUCUGGACGAGGCUGGAGGUGCAACAGCUGUUCAGACGGAAUUGAACAAAAAACGAGAGCUGGAACUUGCUAAGCUUCGUCGCGAACUGGAGGAGGGAACUCUCCAGAAUGAAGCCCAGAUUGCAAGCCUUCGUAAGAAAGCUAAAGACACUGCUAACGAGCUCGGCGACCAGGUGGACCAACUGACAAAGGUGAAGCAAAGGCUUGAAAAGGAGAAGAACCAGAUGAGGAGCGACAUUGAUGAGCUUCAAUCACAGCUGGAUUCCAGACCCAAGUCAGGCGGCGUCUCCGACAAGAUAUCAAAACAGAUGGAGGCUCAGCUGUCAGAGCUGAACGCAAGAUUAGAAGACAGUAACCGCCAAAACGGUGACAUCCAGUCUCAGAAGAAUCGCUUGCAGGCAGAAGUCAGUGACCUCACACGCCAGCUGGAGGAUGCCGAGCACCGUGCUAGUGUGCUGACGAAAGACAAAGCAGCUCUCAGCAGUAGUCUGGAAGAGGCAAAGAGAGGUUUCGAGGAUGAGUCUCGUCUGCGCAUGAAGCUGCAGUCAGAGAACCGCAACCUGAACGCCGACGUCAAUAACCUCCGUGACCAGAUGGAGGAGGAGCAGGAUGGCCGCACUGCCCUACAGAGGCAGUUGUCCAAGGCCAACAACGAGGCGCAGCAGUGGAGGGCCAAGUUUGAGACCGAUGGCGAAGCGCGCGCUGAAGAGCUGGAAGAAGCAAGGCGCCGUCUUCAGAGCAAACUUUCGGAAGCAGAGCAAAACCUGGACACUGCCAACAACAAGGUCACCGGCCUUGAAAAGGCCAAAUUCAGGCUGCAGGGAGAGCUUGAGGAUCUCAUGAUUGACGCUGAGAGGGCCAACGCCAAUGCUAACAACCUUGAGAGGAAGCAGCGUUCAUUCGACAAGACCGUGUCAGAGUGGCAGAGCAAGGUGAAAGGCCUCCAGAACGAUCUGGACACAGCCAACAGGGAGAGCCGUACCGCCGCCGCCGAUGUGUUCCGUAUGAGGACCCAGGUUGACGAAGCUAAUGACUCCGUGGAGGCUCUGAGAAGAGAGAACAAGAACCUAUCUGAUGAGAUUCGUGACCUGACUGACCAGUUGACAGACGGUGGUCGCAGUGCCCUUGAGAUCGACAAGGCCCGCAGGCGUGCCCAGAACGAAAAGGAGGAGCUACGAGUGGCCCUCGAGGAGGCAGAGGUCAGUCUGGAGCAGGAAGAGGCCAAGACUCUCCGUGUUCAGAUGGAACUGGCCCAAGUCCGCAGCGAAAUCGACAGACGCCUCAGUGAGAAGGAAGACGACUUCGCGAGCUCCAGACGCAAUCACCAGAAGGCCGUUGAAUCCCUGCAGGCCAGCCUCGAUGCUGAGACAAAGAGCAAAGCGGAGGUCAUCAAGAUAAAGAAGAAGCUUGAGCAGGACAUCAACGAACUGGAAGUGGCCGUGGACAGUGCUAACCGCGCCCGUGCUGAUGCCGAGAAGAAUGCCAAGCGAUACCAGCAGCAGAUCAGUGAGGUACAGUCUCAGGUCGAAGAUGCCCAACGUGCACGGGACGAGGCUCGUGAAUCUGUGACAGCUGCUGAGAGACGCUUCAACAUGGUGAGCGCGGAGUGUGACGAACUCCGGGGUUCUCUGGAGGUUUCUGAACGUGCACGCAAAGUGACUGAAGGAGAAUGCCAAGAAGCCAGCGACCGCGUCAACGAACUGUCUGCCCAGCUGAACUCCGUGUCUGGACAGAAGAGGAAGCUGGAGACUGACAUCUCAGCCAUGCAGGGCGACCUGGAGGACUUGAGCGGCGAUCUCCGUUCAACUGAGGAAAACUAUAAGCGCGCCAUUUUGGAUGUCACUCGUCUCUCUGAAGAGCUCCGUAACGAACAGGACCACGCUCAGUCCCUCGACAGGAACCGCAGGACUCUGGAAAACCAGGUGAAGGAGCUGGUCAUACGCGCUGAGGAGGCAGAGUCGAAUGGCGUCAAGGAGGCCAAGAAAGCAACCAUCAAAAUAGAACAGAAGCUCCGCGAUUUGGAGGCUGAUCUGGAGAACGAGGUGCGCCGCCAUUCCGAUACCCAGAAACAGGCUCGCAAAGCAGAGAGGGCUGUGAAGGAGAUAACCUUCCAGGCCGAGGAGGAGAAGAAGAACCAACAGCGACUCAAAGAGUUCGUCGACAAUCUCAACGGCAAGAUUAAGACGUUCAGAAUACAAGUAGAAGAGGCGGAGGAGCUGGCCAACAUCAACCUGAACAAGUACCGGCAGGUGCAGCAGCUACUGGAUGAUGCGGAGGAGAGAGCUGAUUCCGCUGAGAAUGCACUCUCCAAACUCAGAGCCAAGAACCGCAGCACCGUAUCCAAUAUUCAUUAAAUGCUCAAAGCACGUUCUCCCACGCCCAGCCUACUUGUGGAAUCCGGAGAGACGAUUAUUCUUAUGUAUAUUUUAAACAGUUUACAAUGUAUUGGGAGUGUGGUGAGCGGAUCGACUUUCAUUCCAUACUGAGAUCUGCCGUGAAGAUUGACACAAACGACGUCAUUUUAACACUGACGUAAGAAAAACACCUACAGAUAUCGGACCUGGGCAUGUGAAGUCUAGCUACUGAAGCCCAGGGUAUGUUUAGGUGCAUUUCAACUCACGAUUCGCUUCAUAAGCUUUAGUGUAGGGCUGGAGGAUUGCGCUCGCUCAUCACGCACCAAGCCCUGGUACGCUCAGAAGCAAGUGUUACAAUGAAAUGACCAUGAUGGGGAUCCGUCGCCGCAGUAUGAACACUCGUUAACAGUGUAUUCGCUCACAGACAAGACAUUGUGAAAUAUUUGUCUUUCGUGAGUUUCUAGACACGUUAGCUUCCACACCUUUGUUAAGAACCUGAAUAAAAUGUUUUUUAUUGA